AUGGCGCGCAAGGAAGCCACAACCGGCCAAAGGAGGAUUUACAUGCCAAACAUGAGAGAUGAGGGAAAUCCAACCACAAUUCAAUCCAGGAGGGAUAGAAAAACAGUUCGGUCGAAGCAGAACUCAAUUGGCCCGAGUAAAAAGGAGAUAUCACAUUCACAACCACUCUCUCGGCCAGAAUCGACGAACCAAGCGACAAUGCUCGACCAUCUCCCAAACGGCACGACCGAAGUCCACCAAACUUCACAGGCGACCUCAAAACAUCAUUUUGGUCGGCAAAUCCAAAAGAUAGGACGAGAAAAGUGCCUGCUACGUGAGAUAGACGAAGGAAGCUCAAUACGGCCGACGGCGAUGCAUAGAAUGGCCGACGAACUCAAAACCUCAAGAAGGCGCGAACACCGGUGGAAACUGAUCCUCUGGAGUCCAAAAAACACCAAGGAAGAAGAAAGGAAGGAGACGAUCGAACAGAUUAAGAGAUGGCCAAAGGAAUCACAUCCCGAAGCCAUUGGCGCGCACACGAAAGAUCUCCGAAUCCACACGUUCAAAUCGCCUCAAACUUCACAAGGAGCCACAAAACAUAAGGUUGGUCGAUGA